UCGUUGAUAUAAUAAUUAAAGGUCGACUGAACAUGAAUUAUAUUACACAAUUUAAAGCGCAUUUCUGUUUAUGCACGUGAACCCGUCUAACGUUAUUUUCGCAGUUAUAUAAAGUAGCAAAUUAUCGUUCCUGAAUAGGUGGCGCCGUGGUAGCGGAUCCUGUUCCUCUUCUUCCGGUUUCUGCACUGUGCAACUAUUUCAGUUAUAUUUUUAAUUAACGAUGCCAAGUACUUGUUGUUGUGUACCUGGAUGUCAUUUAAGAGGAGGACAUGCAUUUCCAAAUGACUUAAAAAGAAGGAAAAGUUGGAUCAACGCCAUGGCCCAUACGCAGAUUGGACGAGAACACGAUGAUAUCGUGGUGUCCAUCUCAAUCAGCUGUUGUUUGCAAGGCACGUUUUACUGAAAAAGACUACGUGCAGGAAACUAUUCAUGGGCGCAAACCCACCAUACAGAGACUUAAGUCUACUGCAAUUCCCAGCCUAUUUUCCUGGACCAAGCAAGAGACUGAAUCGUCCGCUAAAAGAAAAAUCAGGGCAGUUUCCUGUGAAAACAAAAGAACUAAACUUGAUGAAUAUUGUAGUAGAAAUCUAGAGGAAAGUUUUGAUUGUAAAGUUGGUUUUCCUGAAGAAGUCAUUCAUACUGCAGAAAGGAUUUAUGACUGUCCACCACCAACUGCCGAGCUAAUGUUGAGCUUCACAGAUGGAAUUACGCAAACACCAUCAAUGCCUAUGUUUUCAGCAGAGAAUUUUGAAAUGAAGACACGUGACACAGCCAUGCAUUUUUAUACCGGUUUAGAGUUGUAUACUAAAUUUUUAUUUGUUUUGACCACACUUGGUCCAGCAGCACAUUGUUUGAGAUACAUAUAUUUUCAAAUUGAUAGGGUGUCAGUUGAAAAUCAGUUUUUUUAUGACUUUGAUGAAAUUGAGGCAUCAUACAACCAACUUUGAACUGUCUAGAUUCUAGAUUGAAUCUAGUGUUAAGAAUAUUGUGUAUACAUGGAUUGUUUUUAUGUCUAAACAGUGGUGUGAGGCUAACACUUGGCCAUCUAGUGGUUUAGUCAGGUAUUUUUCACCAUCCAACUUCAAAUUAAAGUUUCCUACGACUUGGAUUAUUAUUGACAGCACAGAAUAUCCCGUGAUAAAACCUAAAGCUCCUAGAGCUCAGGCAACCUUUUCAUCAAAUAAAAACAGAAACACUGAAAAUUCUUGAAUGUUCGACACCUGGUGGUUUAGUCAACUAUGUCUCUAUGUCACAUAGAGCGAAUUAUUGGACUUGGCAAAACAUACAAAAUUCUAAUAAAUCCUAUGCAUGGAACUGAAACAAAACUUUCAUCUGAAAUAACAUUUAGUUGUUUUAUGUUGUGUAAUUUUAGAACUUGUAUUGUGCCAAAGGAUGCAUAAAUAAAAGUGAUGCAAUGAA